CGCAUGCUCACCCCGAGCCAGUCAUCCCCAGCCAAAUCAAACAGAACGGAACACUGAAAGUUGGAAAAUAUUGUUUUAUUAUACACGAUAAUUUAUUAUUUUUAGACAGUUGAUAGCGUUAAUAACAGUUAUAUGUUGUUUGGGUCAAAUUCUGUCUUGUAGAGGUUUAUUCUGACGGGAUUUGGUUUGACCGAAUUGGCUGCUCAUCGUGCUCGAGUUUAGUUCAAUUAUCCGACGGAAUCCGACAAAUAACAUUUGACUUUGCCAAUUUUUGAAGCCUAGGAUCAGACUUUUUCACAGUUUUAAGUGUCUUCAGAGGGAUAUGGCCAAAGAACUCUAGCAUGAAUCGCAACUAUGUCAGGUAAUGCAUGGGUUGUAACAGCUGAUGAGAGACAGAAACAUGAGACAACGUUCUUGUCACUCAAACCUAUCCAUGGGCGGAUAACAGGUGAGCAGGCCAAGAAGUUUUUCUUGUCGUCAAACUUACCACCAGCAACUUUGGGGCAAAUAUGGAAUUUGUCAGAUUUGGACAAAGAUGGCCAGAUGACUCAACAAGAAUUCUGUAUUGCAAUGCAUCUAAUUCAGUGCAAGUUGAAUGGAGUCAACCUUCCUACAUCCCUCCCCUUAAGUCUGAAGACAUCAUCACGAGGGAAUGUUGGCGCAUCUCUCCUUAACCCAGUUGAGAACGGAUUUACCUCUCAGCCAACUGCUAGUCAAGGUACAGGAUGGUCUUCAACCCUUAAAACCGGACUGGAUGCACAACCAUCAACUGGAUGGUCCGUUAGCCUGACAUCCAGCCUACCUCCCCCGCUUAUGCCUGUGAACAACCAAUUGCAGACAUCUGCCCCACCGUCCAAUUCAAGACCACCAACAUCAUCAUCUCACAACUUUGCCCCCAACUUUGGCAUGCCAUCUAAUGGACCAAAUAUGAUGCCAUCAAUUGGCAUGGGAACACCAAUGCCUUCUGGGAACUUGGCCGUGUCGUCUGUGAGUGUGCCUACAUCAACUAUGCCUGGUGUUGGUCACUCUUUUCGACAACAUCCUGUUGCCAGAGCGGGAACUUUCACUGGUAUGCUUCCCAGUCCUCCAGUCCCGUCUGUGGAAGCAGCUAUCAUGCCUAUUCCACCCAACUCAAGGCUGAAGUUUAAUCAACUAUUCAAAGCAAAUGAUUUUGAAAAAACUGGAUUCAUAACUGGUGAACAGGCAAGACAGAUAUUUCUGCAAUCGCAUUUACCACCACAAACACUUGCCCAGAUCUGGGAACUGAGUGAUGUUGACAAAGAUGGUCAGCUAAAUAUGGAAGAAUUUGCGAUUGGCAUGCAUCUUGUCGAUUCAGCAAAGAGUGGUAAACCAUUACCUGGGGUCUUACCGGUGGGAUUGCUUCCACAGCAGUUCAAGAAGUCACUAUCGGACAGUAUGGAGAACGACAACGUCGAGAGUGUGGUGCAAUUAGAUCGACAGAGAUCUACGAGCUCGUCCAGCGCAAACGAUGACUUAACGUUCUUUAAAGCAGAAACAUUCGAAGACAGGCGUAAGCAGAACUUCGAACGCGGUCGACUGGAGCUGGAACGAAGACGACAGGAAAUGGAGGAACAAAGGAAGAAGCAAAGAGAAGAACAAGAGAGAAAAGAAAGAUUGGAAGAAGAAAGGAGACUUAGAGCAAAAAUGGAAGCUGAGCAAAAACGGCAAGCGGAGAUCGAGAAACAACGGAAACAACAGGAAGAAAUGGAGAGAGAACAGGAGGCCCUGAGAAAGAAAAUGAUUCAACAAAAAUAUCAAGCGCAGAUUGAAGCUGAGCGUCAACGUCAACUGGAGUGGGAAAAACGAAAGAAAGAAGAAUUGCUGAACCAUAAAAGUCUAGAAAAGGACAUAGUUACUGGUCUUCAGGUCAGGAAAGACAAAAUGGUCGCGGAAAGAGAAAACUUGGAGAAAAAGUUGGAAUCAUUGAGAGAAGAGCUUCGAAAAACGAAAGAAAGACGUGCGGAGGAAAUCGCUGCAAACGAGGAUUUCACGAAGACUCGCGAUAAAUGGAUCGCUGAGAUCGCCGACUUAGAGAACAAGAGAAAGCUCUGCCAUCAACAAUUGCCUGGCUUAAAUAAUGAAAAGGAAAGGUUACAAAGGGAGUUGAAUAAACGGGAAUCAAGUAUUAUGGAUGAGGCUUACGGUAAUGCUCUGUCCAGUAUUGAAGACACGACCAGCGGAAUACGCAGACAAAUCAUGAGCAGGAAUAAUGUUCAGAGCGAAGUUAAAACAAAAUUCCAAAUGGCAAAUGAACUGAACAGUAAAUUAAAGAAUACUCGCACAGAACUUCAUAGCCAAACGGACGAGAACAGCUCACUUCGACGUACUCUCGAGACGAAGAAGAACGAGUAUCAAGCGAUGAAAGUGAAACAGGAGGAAGAACGAAAGAAGAAACUGGAGGAGGAACUGAGGCUGAAACGGGAAGCUGAGAAAAAGCGCAAGAAAGAGGAAGAGGAGAGAAAACAGAAAGAGCGAGAAAAGGAGGCAAUGCGUGUCGAGCAGGAACGACAAAGACAAGAGCAGGAGAGAAGACGAAAACUUCAAGAACAGAAAAAAGAAGAGGAGAGACAACGUCGUCUCCAGGAGGAACAGCGACUUGAGUUGGAACGUCAAUUGAAAGAACGCGAAGAAAAACAGAGAAAGCAGGAACAGGAAAGACUUCGUGCCGAGCAAGAAAAACAAGAGCAGGAAAAAAAACGUGCUGAACAACAACGACAGGAGCAGGAAAGACUUCGUGCCGAACAAGAAAAGCAAGAGAAACAGCGAUUGGAAAAAGAACGGCAAGCACAACAGGAGCAACUACGGCUCGAGAAGGAACGCAAGCGUACGCAACAGGAAGAGACGAAGACAAUGGUUCAGUUACGACGAGAAGAACUUGCAAAACAAGAAAAGAUCGCACAGGAACAGGCAACAACCUUGACGAAAUCUCGGACGCCCACUAAACCACCACCUUACGGUAGCACAAAAGCAGACAAGGAAGCGGAAGUGAGGAAGAAAGUUGAAGAAAUGCAACGAAAAAGAAACGAGCAAAAAAAGGGAAAAGAAACCGAACAUUCUGUUACGGAAUCCUUUCGAAAUAAAAAAGAGUACUACAAAGCUAUUUAUGUCUUCUCGCCGCGAAACCCCGAUGAACUUGUGCUAAAGGAAGGUGACCAAGUCACCGUUUUUCCUGAUCGACCCAAGGUUCCACCAGGAUGGUUAUUUGGUUCUUGCAAUGACAAGGAAGGUUUAUUUCCAGCCAAUUAUGUAGAAAAAAGUACGAAGAGCACAGAGCCUGUUCCUACUUCCAGUAAAGAAACAAUCAGUCAAACAGCCACAACUGUUUCAACAGUAUUUCCCAGCGGUCUGCAAGCGGUGGCUUUGUAUCAAUAUCAAGCGAAGAAUGAUAACGAACUUAGUUUUAACAAGAAUGAUAUGAUAAUAUUAAAAGAACAAAGAGACAUGAUGUGGCUCGGUGAAGUCAAUGGAAAGACGGGCUGGUUUCCAAAAUCAUAUGCCAAACUUCUUCGUGGACAAAGGCGUGGAGAAGGCAGCACAAGUGAUGUUCCCCCUGAGAAAGCUUCCGUGCAAAUUCCUUCUACCGGUGCUUCCGCUUUUACGGAAGUGCCCGAAACUCGUCCAGCCGACGUCGUAUCUGAGUGUGUUGCUUUGUACUCCUACAAAGGCCAAGCGGGUGAUCUGAGCUUCCAGGAAGGCGAUGUGAUAAGCAUCACAAAAAAUGAAGGUGAUUGGUGGGAAGGGUCGUUGAAGGGGCAGAAAGGGAUAUUUCCUGCGAACUACGUGAAAAUGAAGGAAGUCGAGGCGCAGACAUCGUCAACGAAGCGUCCAGAAAUUGCGACUGUGAUAACAGCUUACACGGCAACUGCACCUGAUCAGCUGUCGUUAGUUCCCGGACAGUAUAUUGCCGUGAAAGCUAAGAAUGAUAACGGAUGGUGGGAGGGACAGCUUCAGGCCCGCGGCAAAAAACGACAGUCGGGUUUGUUUCCAGGCAAUUGUGUAAAACUUCUUAGUUCUGGUUCGAACGCAGCAUCAGCGAACAAUGAUUCAACCACUUCACUAGAGGAAUCGUUGUAUGCUGUGCCGCGGAAACAUAAACCAGAAGAAAUAUUAGAUCAAGUAUUAGCGAUGUUCUCGUACACUGCUCAAAAUUCCGAUGAGCUGACAUUCUACAAGGGUAGUGUAAUAACCGUGCGAAGCCGCAAGGGCGACUGGUGGCAAGGAGAGUUGAACGGAAAAGUCGGCGUGUUCCCCAAUAACUACGUUCAACCGCUGACCGAUCUACCAAAGACGACUCAAUGGACUGGAAAUUGGGAUCGUCAAUUAUUGGACUCCAUGACGUCAAUGGAACGCAGCAGACAGAAUUGCAUUUACGAGCUCAUCAACAGCGAACAAAUUUACGUUGACGAUAUGAGUUUGACGUUGGAGGUUUUUUACAAUCCAAUCGCCGUAUCUAAACUUCUGGACGACAACGAAAUUAAUACGAUUUUCGUCAACUGGAGGGAGCUGAUUUUCUGCAGUACAAAAUUGCUCAAGGCUUUUCUUGUUCGAAAGAAACUGAACAACGAGGGUUUAAUUUAUACCAUUGGAGAUGUUCUUUGUGAGCAGCUCCCUCGUCUUACACCUUACAUCAGAUUUUGUAGCUGCCAACUGAAAGCGUGUAGACUGCUGCAAAAUAAAAUCGAGAACGUACCGGAGUUCAAAAAUCUUGAAAAGCAAUGUAGUCAGACACCUCGUGCACGUGGUCUACCUCUGAGUAGCUAUCUCCUCAAGCCUCUGCAAAGAGUAACAAAGUAUCCGUUGCUUAUACGAAAGAUUCUCGAGGACACCCCUGAAAAACACUCGGAUAGAAGCGAUUUAGAAGAUGCUCUGGAAAAAGCCGAAGAUCUGUGUAGACAGAUUAAUGAAGGCGUCAGGUCGCAAGAAGACACGGAUAGAUUAGAAUUCAUGCAAACACAUAUUAAUACGGAGGGUCUUGACGAGCGUCUAGUAUUUAAUUCACAAACGAACUGUCUUGGCCAACGAAAAUUUGUCUACGAUGGAACUUUGUUUAAGCAUAAAAGCGGCAAAGAGCUACAAGCGUUCUUAUGUAACGAUUUCCUCUUGUUAACUCGUGAGAACAGCUCAUUGGCUAAGAAGAUUGGUAAAGAUUCCGAGAAACAAUACGUUUUAUAUCAACCGCCAAUACGACUGAAUGAGAUUACGGUGAAAGUCCCCGAUCAACACAGUGAAGAGACUUUAUUUCAAGUUUCACACAUAGACAAAAUGUAUUUAUUACGAGCCGAGACGAAGAAUGAAAGAAUAACGUGGGUGCGAAAAUUGAAGCAGGCUUCUGAGCACUACAUAGAGACGGAAGGAAUUCGACGUCAGAGAGCAUACAGAGCGAGAUCUUUUCGGAAAGACAACAUUGGAAAGCUGAUUGUUUACAUCAUAGAAGGAUCCGAUCUUAAAGCCUCGGACCCCAACGGCUUAAGCGAUCCGUAUUGUGAAGUGAGUCUUGGCAGUCAAGAGCACAAGACGAAAGUCAUCACAAAUACUCUAAAUCCAAAAUGGAAUUCUUCUAUGCAAUUUAUUCUUCGAGAUUUGAAACAAGAUGUCUUGUGCAUAUCCGUGUUUGAUCAAGACAUGUAUUCACCAAACGAUUUUCUUGGAAGAACUGAAAUUCGCGUCGACAGCUUGAUGAAAGAAGGUAACGGUCCGUGGCAGAAACGUUUGCUGUUACACGAAGUAACGACUGGAGAACUCUUAGUGAGACUGGAAAUUCAGCUGUAUAAAAAGCAGUGAACUAUCGUUUUCACUGCUCCUCCAAUGACAGAUCGUUUCAAAAUAAAAACUAUCCAAUCGCUGCCGUUCAUUCAUGGGUGAAAAUAAUCGUUAUUGUGCGAAUGACCAACGUAUAUAAGAUGCUGUAAAUUUUUUUUAAAAUGCUAUGCUGGAUUAUUCACAUUUUACUCAAUGUUAAGUGCAAUUUCAAUUAUGAAACAGCCCGUAUUUCUAUUACAACAAUGAAGUAAA